UUUCUUGAUUUCUCUCCCUAUACACCAUACAAAUACUCAACUACUUCUUAUACUUAGCUCUCUCUCUCUCUCUCUCUCUCUCUCUCUCUCUCUCUAUAUAUAUAUAUAAUAUAUGUUCAAAUCAUCCGGAAACCUUCCUUCUCAGUGGGUUGUGCGCAAGAAAUGGGGAGACAUUCUUGCUGCUUAAAGCAGAAAUUAAGGAAAGGUUUAUGGUCACCUGAAGAAGAUGAGAAACUUUACAACUACAUAACUAGAUUUGGUGUUGGUUGCUGGAGUUCUGUUCCUAAGCUAGCUGGCCUGCAAAGGUGUGGAAAGAGUUGUAGACUCAGAUGGAUUAACUACUUGAGACCUGACCUUAAGAGAGGAAUGUUCUCACAACAGGAGGAGGAUCUUGUAAUCAGUCUUCAUGAAGUUUUGGGUAACAGGUGGGCUCAAAUUGCAGCAGAGUUACCAGGAAGAACAGAUAAUGAGAUAAAGAACUUCUGGAAUUCUUGCUUGAAGAAGAAGCUCAUGAAGCAAGGUAUAGACCCAGCAACCCACAAGCCAAUAAGUGAAGCACUGGAAGUGAAAGAGGAGAAGAAUUGUAAAGAUAAGGCAUCCUUGCAAAUACCGCCUUCCAAAGGGCUACCAGUUGUAUCAAACACGACAAUACAGGAGCCAACAUUUCUCAUUAACGAUACGACUUACUAUGGCAAUGGAUUAACAGAAACUUCAAGAGAGCAAUUCAUGAACAAGCAAGUCUAUGAUCCCUUAUCCUACUUUGAAUUCUCAGCAGGGUUUGAGCCAUGUGGGUAUAACUCAAGUAAUAUUCCAGGUCUACAGCACCCAAAUCUCAGACCCUUUGAUCAAAACCAUUUCGAAACAAGCUCAAACUUUUCAUUUACUUCAAUGCCAAGUUUAACAAGUUUCGAUAAUGGAAGCUUGAGUGCCACAGAUUUCUCCAACAAUUCAGCUUCAAGAAUGAGUUCUAUGUUCUUGAAUGAGGCCAAAGAAAGUUCCAGCAACAGCUCAAACAUAAGCAGUUAUACAGGAUAUCAGAUGAACCGUAUGGUGGAGAACAAUGCAGCUUUCUCGUGGGACGCCGAUAACAAAAUAGACUGUGUGUUUCAGUUUCCGAUGAACGGAAUCAAGAUGGAGGAAUUGAGGCAGAGUCCAUGGGAAGAAGGACAGCUUCACACUCAGAAUUCAGUAGAUUUCAGUAGCUAUCCGUUAACGUCUCUGUCAGAAGAUCUAGCGGGAGUAAAUUUUGAGGUCUACCACCAGAUAUGAUCACUGUAAAUUAAUUCGUUUACCUUCCUCAAUAUCUCUCUAAACAAAUGCACGAGAUGCUGAUAGUACAGGAGUGUUUGAGAUUUAUAUUUUUUCUCUAAAAGGAAAAAAGAUGUAAUCUUUUUUUUUCCCUGAUUAACUAGGUGAAGAUUGAAAAGCUGAUAUUUCUUUGGCUUUUAAUCUGUGUGGUUUUCUGUAUUAAUUUGUUUCCUGAACAGUUGAAAUGAUGUACUGAAAAUUUCAAGAGUGAAAACUAAUUUUGUGGUCUUAA